AUGGCAUAAUUAGUUAUGUUAUUAGCAAGUGGAGCUUUAAUGAAUUAUAAGUUUUAAUCGUAUGAAGUAUUAUUUUAUUUAUUUCCUUUAAGUCUCAUCUUACAUAUUUCAUGCAUUUUUAUAGUGAUGCAAAUUUAUUUGGAAUGAGCUAAAUCAAAAUACUCAGAAUGAAAUACAGAAAAAGAUUUGAAAGGAAUUUAGAGUCAUUGUUAACAAAUCCUAUAUUGUUUAGAGAUUUAUAUACUAAUUAAUAUUCUUAACUUUUUAAAGUUACUACCUGUCCUAUAGAAAUUGAUUGUCACUAUACUUGUAUCAUAAAUGAACGUUAUUAAGAUGAAAAAGAUAGAUUAUAAAUAUCUCGUGCUUUUAAUUAAAAUAAAGAAUUUGAAAUAGAAUUAACUCCAUCUCUUAAUAAACUGUGGUCAGAUGAAGAAAUCAAUAGAAAUAGAUUUAAUUUCACUCAACCUGUAUCAUUUGUAGUUGACACAUCUAAAAAUAAAGAAGGAAAAUUGUGGGAUCAAUAUCCUUCAGUAAACGUUUUAAAUAAAUAAUUUAUGAAAUAAUAUUUUUAGUUAUACUAAGAGGAUAAAAAAAAUAAUAUAAAAUACGACAUAACAACUUGCACUAUUAAUCAAAAUAUUGCAUAAAUGUUUUUUAAUGGUUAAUAAGAUGAAAUGGAAUUGUGUAAAAAAUCAAUUAUCUAAAGAUUUUAAGAGUAUAAAACUAGAAAAAAAGAUCUAUUUGAAUUAAUAAAAGAAGAAGGUAAUAUUGAUUAUGAAUAUGAUUUUGAUGAUAAAUUUAUUGACCAAUAAGAUCUCUAACAAGAUAAUGAAGAUGAAGAACUUGAAGAUGCAGAGAGUAUCAUUAAAUCAUAAGAUGAAAAAAAUAUAUUUGAUAUCAUGAAAGAAAACUAAAAACUUUAGGAUAAAAAUAAAUUUAGAAAAAAAUAUCAUGCAAAUAAAAACAACCUAAAAUUGGGUUACAUUUUUUAAAUUUGUGAGUUCUGUAACAAUAAUUUUCUAAUUUGUAAUUGCACAAAUAAAAAUUAAAAAUAAUAUUCUCUACUUUAAUCAAAAACUAAAAAACCUCAUAUAUAUCAAUUCAAAAUUAAACCUCCCUCUCCAAAUGAAGUUUAUUUAUAAUUACAUAAAUAAAUGAAACUUAUUGAACAUUAAUAUGCUUAUUUUGGGGAUAUUCAAGAUUUGUACAAACAUUACAAUAUCAAAAAUAAACAACUACCUUAAAAUAAAAUUUAUGCUCUUCUAUUAGAUUAAUAAUGUAUUAAAGUACCUGAAAAUAGAUUUUAUGCAAUUAGUAUUGCAAAUUCAUCUAAAUUACCAUCUUCAUAUAAAGUAGAUUUAUUUAAAGAAUAAUAAUAUAAUAGUAAUUUAAGGUAAUAUCAAUAUUAAAAUGAGCCUCCAACAAUUUAAGAAGUUCUUGCAGAUAUAAAACAAAGAAAUGCUAUGAGAAAUGAUGCAUUAAAUUCAAUAAUUGAAUAAUCAUAAUAUUUUUAUCCAACACCAUUAUCAAUAUAAAGUGAGGAUGAUAUAACAUUUUAGGAAGAUUUAGCUUUAAUGAUAUUUGAAAUAUUUUCUUAUAAAGAUUCAAAACUAUUACCAGAUCCAGAAAAAGAUGAAAUUUCGUUUAUUAUAAUACAUUCCUACAAUGUUAAGAGUUCUAAAUUAAUUAAUAGAGUUCUUAUAAUAUAAAAUGAGGAGAAAUACUUGAAUGCUGUUGAUGGUUAUUUUGAGAGAAUGAAUGCUCCAGUUGAAUAUACAAUAAUAAUGACUUAAAAUGAGAUAAAUCUAAUGAAGGCCUUUACUUUAAUUGUACAUCUUAUUGAUCCUGAUUUUAUAUCAGGUUAUGAUUUAGAAACUAGAAGUUUAUAUUACGUCACAAAUAGGGCUGAAUUUAUUGGUUAUGAUUUUUUAACAGGAAUUAGUAGAGGUUAACCAAAUUAUGAUAAGUUGAUUGAAAUAUUUGAUUUUGAUGAGAUGAUUUAUAAUAUUGGAUCUACAUAACCAAUCAAUGAAAAAUUAUAAAAAUAUAUGGAGUAUCGAUUGUUAAGGCCAACAGCUAGCAAAAAAUAAAGUUUCAAUUAAGAUCCGAAAACAAAAUCUUAUAAUUCUAAAGGGAAAUUAAACUAAAUUAAUAGCAGAAGAAAGAAAUUAAGAUACAUUACAUUUGUAAUAGGAAGAGUAUUAAUUAAUGUAUGGAGAAAUGUUGCAACAGAUAUUAAAAUAAUAGAUUAUUCUAUAGAAAAUGUUUAUUUCUAGAUGUUUAAAGAAAAGAAUGCUUUGUUACAUAAUUAGCAUCUUUCAUAAUGGUAUAAAUCAGAAUCCUUUCUUGUUUUUUAGUAUUACUAAAAGAGGAUUGAGAUGACUUUUGACAUUUUAGAAAUGAUCGGUUUGAUUCCUAGAACAAUUGAAAUAGCUAAGCUUUUUGGUUGUGAAUAUGAAUCAGUUGGAUUUCGAGGAAGUUAAUUUAAAAUUGAAUCCAUUUUAAAUCGAGUAACAAAACUGAAUAAUUAUUUAUUAUUAUCAGCAACAAGAAUAUAAGUAUCAACAUAAAAAAUAUUGGAGUGUAUGCCAUUAGUUGUUGAACCUCCUAAAAUUUUCACAGUAGAGUAUACAUAUUAUUUGUUAUAAAAGUCCUUUGAUAGUUCUUGAUUUCUAAUCAUUAUAUCCAUCUAUUAUGAUUGCUUAUAAUUUAUGUUUUAGUACUUGUCUAGGAAGCAUAAAAGAUGAUUUUGUAGAAGGAGGUAAAAAGAGAUUUGGAGUAGUAACAACUGAUAUUGAUUUUGAAUCAUUAUUAAAAAAGUAUGAGGAUUAGGAUGAAUUAAUGAAACAUAUAUUAAUUACACCUAAUAAUGUUGGGUUUUUAAAAAAAGAUGUUCGAGUAGGUAUUAUACCAUAAAUAUUAAAUGAAUUCUUAAUGACAAGAAUAAUGAUAAAAAAAUCUACUUAACUUUAUGAUAAAUAUCCAAAGAUAUAAAAAUAACAUGGAUUCAGAUAAUUAGCUAUAAAAUUAUUUAUGAAUGUUAUGUAUGGAUAUUGCGGAGCAUCUUUUUCUGGUAGAAUGCCUUCAGGGGAUAUUGCGGAUUCAGUCGUUGAAAUAGGAAGAACUAUUUUAAAUUAAUGUAUAGAAUGUAUAAAUUCAAAUUCAGCAUGGUAAGCAAAAGUAUUAUAUGGUGAUACAGAUAGUUUAUUUGUAAUGCUUCCAGGACGUAAUAUCGAUUAAGCAUUAAUAAUUGGGAAUUAAAUUGCUGAACAUUGCACAAGUUUAUAUCCCCAUCCAAUCGAAUUAAAAUUUGAAAAGGUUUAUUCAGAAACUUUAUUAGUAGCUAAAAAACGUUAUGUUGGUAAUAAAUUUGAAAAAGGAGAAUACAAAUUGGAUGGUAAAGGACUUGAAAUAAUUAGAAGAGAUGGAUUUCCUGCUCUUUAAAAGAUUUAAAGAAAAGCUAUAAAUAUUUUAUUUAAAACUAAAGAUCUAUCACAAUUAAAAUUAUAUAUGCAAAAAUAAUGGGCAAAAAUUUUAUAAGAUCAUAUUGAUAUUUAAGAUUAUAUCAUGGCUAAAGAAGUCAAAUUAGGAUCAUAUAAAGAAGGUAGAUUACCUGCACACGCAGUUGUUGCUACUAAAAUUAUGAAUUCAGAUCCUAUGAGAAGACCAAAAGGUGGAGAGAGAGUACCUUAUGUUGUUAUUUAAACAUAAGGAACAUUUAAAUUAGCAGAUUUAGUUGUUAAUAUAUAUGAUUUCUAAAAUACAAUGAAAUUAAAUCCUCAUUACUACAUUAAAUAAAUUAAUGCAGCUGUUGGUAGAUUAUUUGCUUGUUUUGAUAUUGAUAUUUCUGAUUGGUACAGUAAUCUACCUAAAAUGCUUGCAAAAAGAGAUUAAUUCAAAUAACAUCUAACUUAUACUAAUGCUCAUUAAGCUAAGGCUACAUAAUAUACACUUGUCAAAUAUCUUCAUAUAUAAUAAUGUUUAUUGUGUGGAGAAGAAUCUAAAUUAGAAGUAUAUAUCUUUAUAUCAAUAGAUUUGUAAAUCAUGUAGCUAAGAUGGCAGAACAGCUUUAUUCCUCUUAUAAUACAAAUAAAACAUUCUUGAAAUUGAAAAAACUAAUAUUUACUCAUCAUGUAAAACAUGCUCUAUUGGAUAUUAGAAUUGUAAAUUAUGGUCAUGUAGUUUACUUUUCAAAAGAGAAAAACUCAAAACCUAUUUGAAUACUAUGAUUUAAAUGAAUCAAAAAUAUUAAUAAUUGAUUGAAUUUAUGAGUGAUUAUUGA